AUGUGUUUGCCCUGUCAAGCCUCUACCCAAGGAACGUCUUCACCUCCAGAACCACUGAAACCCUCCCCGCUCCCAGAGAAAGCUUGGACCAAUGUAGCAGUUGAUUUCGUUGGACCAUUUCCCACAGGCGAAUACCUGAUAGUCGUGAUUGAUGAAUACAGUCGAUACCCGGAAGUCGAAAUUCUCAUCACAACAUCCGCGAAAGCCGCAAUUCCAAAGCUUGAUGCCAUAUUCUCCAGACAAGGCAUCCCUGAGAUUCUCAAGUCAGAUAAUGGCCCUCCAUUUAAAGGUGAAGAGUUUGAGAACUUUGCCAACCACCUCGGUUUUAAGCACCGCAAGAUAACCCCAUACUGGCCAAGAGCCAACGGCGAAGCUGAACGCUUCAUGAAAACUAUUGAGAAAGCAAUUCGAGCUGCCACAGUUGAAGGUCGGAACUGGAAACAAGCCAUGUAUACCUUCCUUCGCCAGUAUCGUGCCAUACCACAUAGCACCAUCUCCGUAUCCCCUAGCGAAGCACUAAAUAACCGAAAGCUAAAAACUCACCUUCCAGAUACCCCAUCAACACCAAACAACUCCGAGAAAGAUGAGGAGAUACGUAGUCGAGACGAAAAGAACAAAUCAACCAUGAAAUCAUACAGCGACAAACGAAAUCGUGCCAAGCCAAACAACAUCACCCUCGGUGACACUGUCCUCCUACGACAACCGAAAUUGAAUACACUGUCCACACCAUUUGACCCUGAGCCCUUCCGUGUUGUAGCAGUUAAGAACUCGAUAAUCACCGCAAGAAACAAGCUCAGAACAGUAACGCGCAAUUCCUCCUUCUUUAAGAAAAUACCUCAUCUCCCUGUUCAUCUCGAAAUCUCCGACGACGAAGACAAUCCACCUAAAACAACCACCCAACCUUCACAACCGCCUUCGCCACCACUGAGGAGAUCCUCUCGACAACCAAGACAGCCGGAAUACUAUGGUUAUGCGAACGCAACAAUAUAUACAUUUUGA